AAGUAGAAUCACACUUCCGGGACGUGCAGCUGGUAGUACUGCUCCUUUGACAUUUUCAUUUACCAUUCAACACCGCUGUGCCCACGUCCGCCUUUUAUCUACCGAAUUUUUUUUUUUCUCUUUUUGGGUCGUUUCCUUCACUGACAUCAAAAUGCCUUUAAAGUUUGAGCUGUGUCCUGGCAGAAUGAUCGGAGGUUCCAACCCUUGCUUCAUCAUCGCAGAAAUUGGACAAAACCACCAGGGAGACAUCGAGAUUGCCAAGAAGAUGAUCAAAACGGCAAAAGACUGUGGUGCUGAUUGUGCCAAAUUCCAGAAGAGUGAGUUAGAACACAAGUUUAACAAAAAAGCCUUGGAGCGUCCUUAUACCUCUAAACACUCCUGGGGUAAAACUUACGGUGAACACAAGCGCCAUCUGGAGUUCAGCCAUGAGCAGUACAGGGAACUGCAGAAAUAUGCUGAAGAGGUGGGGAUCUUCUUCACCGCUUCAGGAAUGGAUGAGAUGGCAGUGGAGUUCCUACAUGAGCUGAACGUGCCUUUCUUUAAAGUAGGCUCUGGAGACACAAACAACUUCCCCUAUCUGGAGAAGACCGCCAAAAAAGGACGUCCCAUGGUGGUGUCUAGUGGGAUGCAGUCCAUGGAGACGAUGCGUCGAGUUUACCAGACUGUGAAAGAGCACAAUCAGAACUUCGCCAUCCUACAGUGCACCAGUGCCUACCCUCUAGAAGCUGAAGAUGUCAACCUCAGAGUGAUCGCAGAAUACCAGAAGGAGUUUCCAGAUAUUCCCAUCGGUUAUUCUGGCCAUGAAUCCGGUAUCAGCAUUUCAGUGGCUGCCGUAGCUUUGGGAGCAAAGGUCAUUGAGCGCCAUGUGACUUUGGACAAAACGUGGAAAGGGAGUGACCACGAGGCUUCGCUGGAGCCUGCUGAGCUGGCCGAGCUCGUCCGGUCCAUCCGACUGGUAGAGAGAGCGAUGGGAACGGGCAUUAAACAGAUGUUACCCUGUGAGAAGCCAUGUCAUGACAAGCUUGGUAAAUCAGUGGUGGCCAAGGUAAAGAUCCCCAAAGGAACUGUUCUGACUCUGGACAUGCUGACAGUGAAGGUGGCUGAACCCAUGGGUGUCCGAGCCGAGGACAUCUUCCAGCUGGUUGGAAAGUCCGUGACAGACGACAUAGAUGAGGAUGAGAGUGUUGUGCCAGAGGUAGUGGAUAGUUAUGGCAAGAAGGCAAAGUGUUGAUGAUGGAGAGAGUUUGGAAAAUAGUGGAAAAAAUGCAUUUAAUUUAGGGAGACCUUAUCAUAUUUGUCUGGGGGUGAUUAAGAAGGAGGUAAAGUUGACACAUGCAGGAACACUUUGGAUGUUUGCAUUCUUUCUGAAGCCAUGGAUGGAGACAAUUGGACAGUGUGUUGAGUUUGCAUAUGAUCACAGUGAUCACAGGACUUGCUUCCUCCUUUUUCCUUACUUUGCCUUUAGAGCAUUUAGAGUUUGAUGAAAAGCGCCUUAAUGCACAUUUUUACACAUACUUUGACAGUGUUUCUACAAAUGAGUCACAUUUGUCCCAAAGUUAGUGCCAUUUUAAUUGUCAACUGAAAUCACAAUUCCUCUUUUCAUACAAGGUGCAGAGUUUGUCCUUGUACUGGACCAGUGGACCACUGGACCACAACUCUAGUUACAGCUGAUGUGUCUUUCUUUUGUCUUUUUCAUUUACACUGUGGAUUGCACACAGGUAAAAAUAGUCUCCACCCUUACAGUUACCGGUUAAUGAUGUUACUGAGUGAUCUUGGCAUUGUCAUAAACUUGAUUCCCUCCGUCUAUAAUCCAUUCAAAGUGAAGGAUGUUUACAUGUACUUAUCAAUGUUACAAUGGCAAGUUGUUGAGAGUAUGAUCGAUCGAGUACGAUCAAGCUUCCAAAUAAAAUGUUACCAAAAUUC